CGGCAAAAAUUAGUGAGUUCAAUUCAAAUAAUGAGUAAAUAAAGAAUAUAUAUAUAUAUAUUAUAUAAUAUAAUACUGUAAAAAAUAAUGUAAAACGACGCAGCCUAUCAAGACCAAACCACUUCUUUUUCUGUGUGGCUAUAAAAUUUAAAGAAAAAGACCAGACACAGAGCAAAAGCCAUCACUGAUAAUCACCUUCCUCCCCUCCACACCAGGUAGCAAAUGGCAGCCGCAAGAGUGAUGGCAACAGCAGCAGCAGCCACUACGACGACGUCUUGCCUGUUACUUAAAAAACCAUUCAGUUUGAGCCAAAAUACUCGCUUCAAUAGUAUAUGCUUUAAUGGCAAACGACAAGUGUCUCUCUUUUCCUCUUCUUCUGUUAAAAGAUCAUCACUUUGGACAUGCACUGCUAUUUACAAUCCUGAUGUUCAGAUCAGAGAGGAAGGUCAGCCUGAGACCCUUGAUUACCGUGUCUUCUUUCUUGACAACUCUGGCAAAAAGGUUUCUCCUUGGCAUGACAUACCAUUGCACUUGGGUGAUGGUGUAUUCAACUUUAUUGUUGAAAUUCCUAGAGAAUCAAGUGCAAAGAUGGAGGUUGCUACUGAUGAGCAGUUCACUCCCAUCAAGCAGGACACCAAAAAGGGGAAACUUAGAUACUAUCCCUAUAACAUAAACUGGAACUAUGGGUUGCUUCCACAAACAUGGGAAGACCCGUCUCUUGCAAACCAUGAAGUUGAAGGGGCAUUUGGAGAUAAUGAUCCAGUUGAUGUUGUUGAAAUUGGUGAAAGACGGGGAAAGAUAGGGGAAGUUCUAAAGGUCAAGCCGCUGGGUGCUUUAGCCAUGAUUGAUGAGGGUGAACUUGACUGGAAAAUUGUAGCAAUCUCACUGGAUGAUCCACGAGCUGCUCUUGUAAAUGAUGUUGAUGAUGUGGAGAAGCAUUUCCCAGGUACUUUAACUGCAAUCAGGGAUUGGUUUAGAGACUACAAGAUCCCUGACGGAAAGCCUGCUAACAAGUUUGGUCUUGGCAACAAGGCAGCAAACAAGGAUUAUGCUCUGAAGGUCAUCACUGAGACUAAUGAAUCUUGGGCUAAACUAGUCAAGAGAUCAAUUCCAGCUGGAGAGCUCUCUCUUGUAUAAGUGCGACGAAUAAAGUCGGGCCGACCUCGAAGAGGUAUUACUUGGCUUGCUGCUUGCCAGAGUUUUACCUUCUGGCAAAGCAAUCCCGGUAUUCUUUCAUGUGGAUAUCGAAACAUUUUUUUUCUCACUUGUUAUUGAGUUCGAAUAAUCCAUUGUUAGUAUGCAGUUUAUCUAUACUCCUUUGAGGAGGAUUCUCCUGCAUUUCCAGUACUUCGACUUGCUGUGUAUUUCCUUUUACUUAUUUCGAGAAGAUUUUAACUUA